AUGGUUGUGAGUUUCUUCACCAUCCUCUGUUACACAACGCCAAAAGAUACGAGGAGAACGGAUCUCAGCUGUAAUGUUCACCAAGGGCAAUCGGAGAUCUUAUUCAGAAUAGUUCCAGUCAUGCUGUACGGACCAAAGAAAGCGAUACGCACCUACGCGUUCGUUGAUGAUGGGUCUGAACUAACGCUGAUAGAGCAGAGCCUAUCCGAUGAGCUGGGUGUGCAAGGGCCGACAAAGUCUUUGUGUCUGAGAUGGACCGGCGGUACCCAGAAGUUAGAGCAACGAUCCCAGCAGAUCAACCUUCAGAUCUCUGGCGUACACAAUUCUACCAAUGUGCAGACUUGCGAAUGCAAUCGUGAGCCAGAUGACGACUUGCACAAGGUCGUCAAAUCCUAUUUUUCGUUAGAUAGCCUUGGGGUGGUAAAACCAGACAAGCUCCUAAUAUCGCAUCAGGACCAACGAGCACAAGCGCUCCUGGAAACAAAAACUCGAUAUGUGGGUGGCCGAUAUGAAUCCGGUCUUCUUUGGAAGUACGACGAUGUCCGUCUUCCGGACAAUAGAGCGAUGGCGCUGAAUCGGUGGAAGUGUCUGCAAAACCGUAUGAAGAAAAACCCUGUUUUACUUGAGGCGCUGAAGGCGAAGAUUGAUGAUCAUGUCAGCAAGGGCUACGUACGCAAAUUAUCGGAAGAAGAACUGCAGAGCCCACGAUCUCGCGUAUGGUAUCUCCCGAUUUUCCCAGUGAUUAAUCCGAACAAACCAACAAAGAUGAGGCUAGUGUGGGAUGCUGCAGCCACUGUCCACGGAGUGUCUCUCAACACGUUCCUACUAAAAGGCCCUGAUCAGCUAACAUCCCUACUCUCCGUGCUGGUGCAAUUUCGAGAGUUCCGAAUAGCAGUAAGUGGUGAUAUCCGCGAGAUGUUUCACCAGAUAAGAAUACGAGAAGAGGAUCAACAUUGUCAGCGAUUCUUUUGGGCGGACGAUGAUCGAUUAUCCGAGCCAAGUGUCUAUGUGGUACAGGUGAUGACGUUUGGGGCCUGCUGUUCGCCUAGUACUGCACAAUUCGUUAAAAACAUGAACACUAAACAGUAUGAGCGAACACAUCCGGAAGCAGCCAACGCAAUCGUUAAACGGCAUUAUGUGGAUGACAUGCUCGUGAGUGUCGAAUCUACAGAAGAAGCAAUUCAGCUUGUACGAGAUGUUAAAAGAAUCCACACAUCCGCUGGUUUUGAAAUGAGAAACUGGAUUUCAAACUGUCGGAAAGUUUUGGAUGCUGUUAGUGAAGAAACGACGAAUGAGAAGAAUCUUGAUAUCGGCGAAGAAAGUACCUCUGAGAAGGUCCUAGGCAUGUGGAGGGAUACAUCGAAGGAAUGCUUCACGUAUAAGAUUUUCAGAAGAUAG